CGCGCGUAUCCGCUGUUAUCCGGGUGCACUCCUUCGUGGUCCUGCACUCUGACUUUAGCUUCGACACACGACGACAUAAACCACCUGUCCUUCCGCUCGUUUAGCACUCUGCACCCAGUUAUCGCACCGACCCGCCCUCAAUCAACAUGCAGUUCGCGAUCAUCCCCACCGGCCUCCUUUCGCUCCUCCUCGCCUGGUGCCUCCCUGCCGUACAGGGCUACUUUAUCAUCACGCAACCCGCUGCAGGGACACAGUGGGCGAACGGUGCCGCGAACCUCGUCACUUGGACAAAAGGUGUCGGUGACGGCAUCGAUGGCGUGGACAUUGAGAUGUCGAGAAUGAGCGUGGAUGGGCUGUUCUUCGUCGCGAAAGAUGCACCAACAAAGCCUGGCGCGAUCAACAUCGUCCUGCAAGACAUCCCGCCAGCCAACGACUACUACCUACUCUUCCUCAACUCGACCUCAGGCAACAUGUUCGCGACGUCCUCCAAGUUCUCUAUUGGCUCGACAACGAAUUCGAGCGCGACGACUGCCACCAGCGCUCCGACCGUGACCGUCUCGGGCUCACCAAACCCGACAGCGGUCUUUGCGACAACCUUCCCGCCGAACUCGAACGGCGUCGUUACACCGGGCUGGCGUGCGGUUGAAAAUUCGCUUCCGCAACUGUUCGCGCUCGUCGGCACAAUAAUAAUGUGCCUCCUCGGCGGUGCGAUGACCCUACUAUGAUCCCUCCACAUGCUCUCCGCCCCUUGAGCAUCCUUUAUAUCCCUUCUUGAUUGUACUUGGGCUUAAUGGCAGUAAAUGAUUGGACUCCCCCACCAGACAAUUAGGACGUUUCCCUCCCUCCCUAACACAUCCACGAGCAGACACACACGCCGGUCAAAACUCAGGUCUCUUCCGCCUCAGUUGAUAUACCA